AUUAACUUCUCCGUCUCUACACGCGACGCGCGCAUCGAACCGCGCGCUCAAGUUUCGCGCCAUCGCGAAAUUUAAAAAUUCGAACACGUCCUUUCAAAAAAAAAUUACCCAUGUCAUCGUAAUUGAAAAAAAAAUAGUCUGUCAAAUAUUGGCGGGAGUGUUGUGAUUUUUUUUUUCUUUUUAACCAGUGGUUUUAGUGUCAUAUCGGCUGAGUUUACAUUAUAUUUGCACAAGUGAACGAUAAGGAUUUUCAAGGUUUCCAUUUUUCACGUAUCAAUGAAUACGGAAACCAAAUAAUAACUCAAAGCACAAUAUACGUUCAAAUAUACAAAAAUUAACACUUUUGAAGUACGCUACAAAAUAAAAAUCUCUCGUAGAUUAUAAUGUAAACUCAGUGGUAUAUUAUUGAAAUAAUAAAGUGAUAAGUGCACAAAAUGCUGGAGUACCUCGCUGUUCUGUUGAUCGGCUUCUGGCUGGGCGUGGCCAUCUUCUUGUAUGUGUCAUGCUUCUGGCUUGAGGAGAUUUUAGAUCUACCAAAAUCUUCAGCCACACACACGCACAGCCGUCACUCUAUCGGCGCUACUGGCGCUCACGCGCAGCUUAAGCGCUUUGUGGCGAGAGUGGUGGAGGAGGCUGCAGCGCUGCCAGCGCUUGCGAGAUACGCUGCAGAGCCGCACACACCUACGGAGUCGUCGUAUGAAGAUCUGCUAGCGACUGCUAUUUUGAAUAAGGUGAUCGAGCGCUACCAAACCGAGAGCGGGUCGGGAGGUCGGAGCAGCGGUAUACACUCGGCCAGUGCCAGCCCCUCCCCCUCUGAGGGGACACCACCAAGAUCGCUGCAUUCAAGGAGUACCAGGGAAAUAUCCCCACCUCAUGUUGAAGAAGAUGUAUCAGACUGGGAAGAAGGUGAGGCCACCGAUGACGCAGUGGAGUUACCUCGCCGCGUUCCGUUCCCAGAAUAUGGCGGGGAUAUCAUACAUGAGACAGAAAAUGCAGACGAUUUCGAUGAAGUAUCCGGUAGUGACAUACAAGCAGUCGACGGUUCAUGGGAGGAAAAUUGGCUAUUCCAAAAGAAGAAGAUAAAGAACAUUCAAUCCGUUCCAGUCCCAAUGUUAGUACCUAACUCUAACACAGAGUACAGAGCUCUCAUAGGAGACAGAGAUGCAGAUGACACAACCGAUCUUUCAGACAAUGCAAGCGAAACUGAAGAACAAGAUAUCGAAUACAAGAGUGAUAUCAAAAAAGUAUUAGACUCCAAACAUGUCAUCGGUGGUAAACUUAAAGUGGAUGAAGCAUUAGACUUCGAACCAGACAGCCUUAUGUCUGUAGAUGGAGCAGAUGAAUUCGAAAAGAUAUACAACGAAUAUUCUAAAAGUGAAGACACAGUUGAUUCAGUAAACCCAAGUGCAGUAACCAAGAAUAUUACUACUGAAGAAAUUGACAACAAUCACGAAGACUCACAUGAUUCCAUUCUCUUAGUAGGUGUAGACAGUGGCCCAAUACCGAAGACAGAAUUUAACUUGAAGGAAGAAAUUCAUAGGACUGUAAUGAACGGUCAUGCGGAAUACGAUGAUAUGGCUGACUCUAAAGAGAUUAUGAAAGAUAGUCUUGAAAGUAUAAAUGAGAAAGAGUCAUCUAAUAUGAACACACUAAGUCGACAUGAGAGAGAAGGUGAAUAUGAAGAGGCGGUAACUAUCCCAGUACAAAGGUACGCUGACAGCUUACGUAGAAAACACUUCGAAGACGAACCACUCACAAAACCAGUUCAAAAUGGAACUGAAGACGAAUUAUUACCCGGAUCCAUAGCAUAUCGAGAACGUAAGAAGUGGCUGAACUACGUAGAAAUGCCAAACAACCCUUAUUCCCCCGAAGCGAUUAAGAAAAGAUUAUCAGCAAAGAGCACAUCAUCUCUAUUUGACACGUUGACAAGCAAAAGCAAUACUGAAGAGAAAUUUGCGUCAAACGAAAACGUAACAGAAAAUAUAACAGUUCAAAACAAUAAACAUACAAAAGAAAAUAUUGCAAUGAGUCAGAGUACGGAAUGUUUAAGGAUGAAUGGCAGAACGCCAAGCCCUUCGCCGAGAAUAUUAAAAGACGUAUUAGCGGAGGAAGUUCCACAAUACAAACGCUACGGCAGAGACUAUUACAUCAAAGAGGCAAAACUUUCAUCUGGAGGACGCGAGAAGACAUUUAGCGACACCAGUUCGAUAUCAAGUUCAAUCAACAAAUCUAGCAGUUUAGACAAUUUCGAUACAGAAUUCGCGUCGCCUGUAAGUGCCAGCAGCUCCCUGAGCGAGCUCGAAGCCUGCGCCCUUCAUCAGAACAUCGUUCGCGCCGUAUUCAGCCCCAGAAACGCAAGCCCCAACUUUGCCAUAAACCCCAUUUUCGAAAACCCCAAAGAUUCUGACGAUAUUGCGCACAGGCGCAACGUCAGCAGGACCAACGAGUUAUUAAUAAAGCAAUUCAACACAAUUGCUGCCAAUCAAGAGUAUACAAAAUUCGGUGGCAAAGAGCAAAUGCCAAAAUCAAUAACUACAGGCCCAGUUGAUAAUGAGAAUGAUAUUUUAAUUGAUUAUGAAGAUAAUGACGAACAGGCAAUAUAUGUAGCCAAACCAGCCCUGGUUGAAGAUACGGACAGGAAAUUCGAGGAAAUAUUGGCAAUCACAAAUAAAUCAGACCAACAACUAGGCGUUGAAGAUAUUCAUGAAUUAGAAAAAUCACCGUCAAAUCACAGUAUAGAAAAUUCUAUAGGUUCAAGCAGCAUUGAAGAUUCCAUCAAAAUAUAUAACGUACAAACUGGCGAGAUAGUGAAAUGUAAACCUGAAGAUAAGGUAUCGCGAUACGAACAAACCGCUGACGAUGACAAAAUAAAUUCAGCUGAUAAGGAAAUCCCGGGAGAAAUUAUUGAUAGGCUCAGUCAGAAUGUUCACCUUGAUGACGAGACAUUGACGAGAAUAGAUCUGAAGGAAAAUAAACUGCAGAAUAUCAGCGAAAUAGAUGAAAUACUACCGGUACUACCUAAAGUGAAGGAAUUGGCUAAAAAAUUCGUUAGUAUGGAUAAUCUAAGUGAACCAUCCAAGCCACCCCACGAACUGUGGCGAAAAAGAAGUAGAGAGAACCUUCUAGAUUCAAAAAACGGAAACAAGCAAAUGUACAUGCACAGCCUCACAGCGAGAAGUAUUUCAAAGGAAUUCAGGGAAGAACUUAAACUGUCAAUGCCUACAAGCAUCAAGGUGCCGGGUGGGACUAAGGAAAUACCAGAAGGAACUGAAGAAGUGGUCAAAGAAUCCAGUCGACCAGGCAGUCCCGUACCAGAACCUGGCACUAUCAAAACCAAAUUAGCAUUCUUCGAAAGUUUAAAAUCAAGAUUCAACGGCAAAUAAUCAAAAAGUUGACAAGUAAAAGGUUGUAUUGCCAGUGCAAAAAUGUACCGAAUGUACGUCAUUUUUUAUUGAGUGGCCAUAUCUAAAUUUUUGCUGAUUUGAUAAGCGUUAACAAUGUGAUUGUAUUUGACUGGUAUUUUAUUUGUAAUGGAAUAAUAUUAAUGUACUGAAUUUUGUAUACUUAUAUUCUAUUGGUCAAAUCUAAUUAGAACAAUGCUAACUACGACUUGUUUAGAUCAUCUUAAACUUGUUAUGUAGUUAUUUCAUAAACGAAAAGCGAUUACUAGGUUGGUAGCAAUAAUGUUUGGAAUUGAUAUUUAAUAGAUAUUGUAUGAACAAUCAGAUAAUUGACAUAAUCCUAAAUGGGCAUUAAUUUUAAAUUCUGAGUACAGAUAUAUGAUAAAAAAUCUAAACAUUGGCACAGAAAAUAAAGAUCGUAAUAAUUAAUAGAAAACAUGCAAUGUGAAAUAAUUAUUAUUUUUCAAUAAUUAUACUAGAUCUAAUCUUAAUUUUAUUUAUAUUAAUAUGAAAUGGAUGACUAUUACCUUAAGCCUAAACAAGCAAAACAAUGUGGUGAAUAUUACUAAAAGGUGCUUUUAGAGUAGGAAACUUAUUUUAUACAUUUGGUCACAUUUAAUCUAUUUAGGUUAUGGUGUAAAUAAUUUAGAAUAGUGCCAUUUUGUAAUCAUUGUGUAGCGAAUGCCAAAGUUGUAAAUAUAUAAAUCCAUUUAAUUAGCGGUUGUGUCCAAUUAUAACGUUAUUAAUGUAUCUACGAAGUCAAAGACAUAGAGGGAAAAUAAUAUAUAUCUAGUUAGCAUUGCAUCCAUUGGCAGAAUUAUUGUACUCAAACAAAAUUGCCACCCGGCACCCUUCGAAAAAAUUGAAUUGAAUUAGCAUUGCAUCACAGAUUAUAUCACAAAUGUAUCGUCUAAUUUGGCAAAUUGGAACAGAGACAAUGACAAUUAUUUGCAAGAGAUCCUUUGACUUCAUUUUUAAUUAAGGGUUAGAUCGGACUAGGGCAUGAGUCUUUAUUAUAUGAAAUUUUAUUUUCCUUCCUGUUUUUUUUUUUAAUUAUUCUAUGUUGUCAUAUUUAAUCUGUAUUACAUAAUAUUAUAGAUUGUGAUUCAGAUAAAUAAACCUUCACAUUUGAGUUUUACCGCCCUUAAGGCUGGUUGCAGAGCUUGACCGACCGUCAGUGCGUACCGUCGGUCCUGACGAUACGCAUCAACAAUUGUAUGACUUUACACUAAUGCGCAUGAUAAUACGCGUGCGUAUGGUCGGUCUAGCUAUGAAAGGUUUUAUGAAUUUCCAUACAUAUUACAAGCGCGACUGACGUACGCACUGACGGUCGGUCUAGCUCUGCAACCAGCCUUAGUCAGAUCUAACUAAACAUACCAUUAGUAUGUGCAAUAUACUUAAUAGUGCCCCUAAUGUAUGAAAUGUGAUAUUGAGAAAAUAAUUAUAGUAUAAACAAAUAUUUUUUGGAUGCGGUGUAUAUUCUGCUCUGUGGGGUGAAUAAAUUUAUUCAAAAUAUAAAA